AUGGGUCGGGCCCGGGAGAGACACUUUGUCGAAAGGGAAAAAUGGAUGUACCAAUCGGUGAAGAAAGCAGUGGAUGGCCCGCCUCAUCAUCGAGGGGGAAUGCUUGCUUGGCCGAGCCGUGUUCAGGCACCGACCGGCCUGCACCCAACAAUCACCACAUGCCAACAAAUCGCGGCUGCGAUGCUCCCCCCGCCGUCAGGAAAAUCGCCCCGACCAGGGAAGACUCUGGUAUCUCUGCAGGGAAUUGCUGCCCUAUCGCCGCGCGACAAAGCAAAGCGACUAAAAAAGAACGAAAAACAAAAUGGCUGGGAAUCGGAACUUCGGCCAAUCAGCGAUCGGGAAAAGAAAGACACAAAGCCUCGAAUCAGCUCGCUCGCGACCCGCAUUCUCACCAUCAGACAGAGUAGUUAUGACUCGGUCCUAAUACAAGACAGACAAAGGGGCAGUUCUAUCCUCCUCUGUACAGAUAGAAAUACAUACGGAGUGCAUCUCCUAGCUUGCUUUCAUCUCUCGCCUCAGAAUAUCACCGUAUUAACUGCGUCCACUUUAUCCAUGUCGAUUGAGCCCACUUCUAAGCAACUCUUGGUGAUGGAGUCUUGGCAUCUCGCCUCAUUUUAUGGUGUCACCGUCAGCAUAACGUUGUUAGAGAGACGAGACCGCUUAGGCCUCUUUCAGGAAUGCCUCUUGUCUGGGCCCAAAACGACCUCCAUCGAUUAUUGUCUUCCAGCACUUGUCAGUCGACCUGCUGGCGAAAAUGCUUGCAGCUUUGUCUCAAACGCGUUGUCCCAUCAGCGGUGGGCCGCUUAACUAUCAUGCAGAGCUGGCGAGGCACGCGAUUAGAGAGUAACAUGAUGUUCAAAGCGCCCUGGGAUUCUCCAUACACUCUGCACGGAGCCGCCCGUCCAAUGAGUGCAGAAGAUAGCAUCUCAACACACAACUUAAUUGGAACUUGGUGCUUUUUGUAUUUCUUCUCCCUCACACAUGCCGAUCAUUCAUAAGGAUCCAUCUCCUCCAUCUGCACGGGGAGGUCUGUGCAAUGACUUGCUAAAUACACACACGUGACGGCUGUUGGAUGUUGUCAUUUUCAGAUCCCAUCACAUCAUCUUGAGCUACUGUCUACAAGUAAUUUAAGGAAAGGACGUUUACCAUUGAAAAUGGAGUGUCAGGAACUUCGAGCGCCUUUGAUAAGGCUGUGCUUAGGGAAGUUGGGCAGCUGGUAAGUCAAAGCCGGCGGACUCAUUCUUUAUUCACAAGUAAAAUCAACUGGACAGUCAGGGUGCAAAAAGGCAUCAUCAAUAUCGUGACAAUAGAUCACAUCCGAGUGAAGAGACAAAAAACGGUGCAAUUGCUUCCUCCAACUUGCUAAUUCGAUUCGUUUUGGGUUGUUUCAAGGCCGCCGCAUGCGAUGGACUCGAGCCAAUGCCACGAGCCGGGUGAGUCAAGUCCAACCAUUUUCUUUGCCCCGUUGAAAGCCUGAAACGUUGCUACUCGUUGUCCACUUCGUCGGGGGCAGG